AUGAAAGAAUCACCUUGGUUUACUAGCAUCUGGAAACCUUCACGUAAACCCACAAUCUUGGAGCCCAAAAAACCCGUUAUUGGCAUCAUGUCAUUCGAAGUCUCCAAAUCAAUGACAAAAAUAGCCAAUUUAUGGCAAUUCCUAACCGAUAAACAAAUGACCCGGUUCCAAGACCAACUCAGUAACUCAGUUGGAACUCAGAAACUCGUUUCAGAUGACCACAAUUACCUCAUGGAGCUUUCACUACUUGAAAUCCUGGUCAACAUCAAGUGUGUGGCUCAAGCCGUGGCUAGGCUUGGGAAAAAGUCAACGGACCCAAUUUAUCAUAAUCUUGACCACAUUUUCGAUAAUCCUAUGGAGAUUGAUGAUUAUUGGUGUAGGUGGGAGUAUAAAUUGAAGAAAAUGGAGAAAAAGGUCAAAAAGAUAAAGAGAUUUGCUGCAAUUACUUCACAGUUAUAUGAAGAAUUAGAAGUGUUAUAUGAGCUCGAAAACGCUUUCAAAAGAAUGCAAGAAAAUGAUAACACAGAUCACUUGAAAUUACACGAAUUCGAGAAGAAAGUGAUGUGGCAACGUGAAGAUGUCGCUGGUCUACGUGAGAUUUCCGUGUGGGUGCGACCGUAUGAUUACAUUGUCAGGCUACUGGUUCGAUCGCUUUUCACAAUAGUCUAUAGGGUGAAGGGCGUUUUCGGAAUAUUGAAAAGAAGCUCGCCUCAUAUGUCUCGUGAAGGAAGUGAUGUUCGUGAUGGUAGUUGUUUUGCGCGUAGUAAUUCCAUUUCUGCCCUUGUAUCGAUCAACCCUUUCGAACGUGAUAUUAAGAUGUCAAUGUCGAAUCUUGGAGAUAAAGCAGUAAAAUCAAGAAACUCGGGUCAUAUCAAAUCACUCAAAACGGGUUGUGUUUCAUUCGAUUCCAAGAAAAGAUUGUUAAAGGAUCAAAAACCGACACUUGGUGAAGCGGGUUUAUCUCUUCAUUAUGCAAAUGUGAUUAUAUUUAUCGAAAGAUUAGCGAUUUCGCCUCACUUUAUUUGUCCUGAAGCACGAGAAGAUCUUUAUCAAAUGUUGACCACAAGAAUCAAGAACUCGUUUAGAGUGAAAAUUAAAAACGAGGGUGUCAAGGUUUAUAGUCGUGAUGUUGCAUAUGAGUGGAGUUCAUUGAUGCAAAAAACUCUCAAUUGGUUGGCUCCACUUGCUCAUAAUAUGAUAAAAUGGCAUUCUGAGAGGAUUUUUGAGAAGCAACGAAUGGGUUUGGGUGGAAUUGUGCUUCUUGUUAAUACUUUACAUUAUGCGGAUCAAGUGAAGUGUGAAGAUGCAAUUACUGAGCUUGUUAUGGGGCUUCAUUAUGUUUCGAGAUUUGGGAGAGAGAUUAAUGAUAAGGCUUUUGUGGGUUGUGGGUAUGAUAGAGAAUUUGAUGGUUAUUUGGUUCAUAAGUGUAAGAUUGAUAGAUUCGAUUGCGUUAUAUGA